GAGGAAGCUUUGCCACCUACAUAGCUGUAAAUGAAACUUUUUGUCUAUGAGUGACACUAAUAGAAAUGAAAGUAUUGCAUAAGAAGCCUUGAAUGUGCCCAAAGCUCUAUGUAACAUCACUGCUGUGCAUUUCUUGACCUAAAGGAGUAGGAAGUUUUGUGAAGAAUGUUGUCUGAAGGGUAUCUCUGUGGAAUUCCUUAUCAUGAUCUCUUGAAUUAUGAGCUCUGUAACAAACAAGAAGACUCAGCAAAUGAGCUGAGGUCUUUGAAUGGGAUCAUCGGUGAAUCAGCAGAGGAAACAUAUGGCAGAGCUCCCUUUUGGAGGUGUAGAUCUGUUGGCAAGUUCAUCUACUCUGUUUGUUCCAAAGAAAAUAGAAACAGUAGAAGACAGAAGGCUGCACUGGCACAGACUAAUCAAAACCCAUUAUUUGAAAGGCAAACAUCUGCAGCUGUGGAUGUCUCCAUGGGACAUGCUGUAAACGAAGACACGUAUCUGGUUCCAUCUUCUUGUAAAAGCAUUUGCAAAAAUUACAAUGACUUGCAUAUUGCUGGUGACCAGGUGCUGCCUAUGAGCUCAGUGAAAAGAGAUUUUACUUAUGACAGCGGCAUAGGCCCAUUCCUUGAAUCAUCAGAGAUUCCACCACCAAUUGAAUCUAUAUCAGUGCCACCUGCUGAUAGCCUUCACAAGCCAGCUCAAGGGUAUUUGUCAUGCUGGCGUGUGGCCAGCAUCAUGCAACACCAGCAACCCUUGUCUAAUUCAAUACUGAACAACUACUUGGAGGAGAAGGUGGUAGAACUGUACAAACAAUAUAUCAUGGAUGGCCCAGGCAACAGUGCAUCCCCCACUCACAUCUUGGCGUCAGAGUUCAUCAUGACCAAUGUAGAUCAAAUUAGCAUGAAGCUGUCACAAGAGAAAAAGAUGAACACCAACAAAGCCAAAGAUAUGGUCAUUAGCUACCUAUUGCGACUGGCUAGUGGAAAAGUCUCCACUGAAAUGAGCACUCCUAGUCUGCACAUUUCUGACUUCAGCACUGUCACUAAAUAAAGCUUGUCUGUGACUAGAAAUGCUUAGGCCAUUGACAGCAACAUCAUCAAAAGUCAGUUUAGUUUCUGUAUGAUAAAAUAUGCAAUAAUUAAUAGGUGAACUAUGAAAAGGAUUGGCUUGGAUAUCACACAGCAGGGGUUGGAAAAGUUUGGUUCUCCAGAUGUUUUGGAUCAGACCUUCUACAGUCUGGCCAUUCUGGUUGAGCUGAUGGGAGUUGUGGGCCAUAGGUCCCUCACAUCUACCAUGCAGAGACCUUAGUUUAGAUCCACCACCAUGUUAAUAUUGUCUGCUUUCUUUGAAUGAUCAUGUGUUUACCUGCAUCUCCCUAGAAUUCAUGAACUCUUCUCCAAACUCCAGCCUUUCACUGUUAAUACCAAUUCCCUUUUAAUUUGGACAAUCUCCAGAUGUUAUUGUUAAUCCUAUAUAGUGCUACAUGAAAGUGGAGUAGUGGGAAAUAUUUUUCUGAACAUAUUCUCAUUUCCCACAGAAUACCCCCCCCUUUUUUUUUGUGAAUGGUUUUCUAAAAAACUUCUUUUUGCAAAGUAAGCCUGUGUGGUUUAGUGGUUAGACUGCUGGACUAGGACCUGGGAAUCCCACCUUCUAGUCUCCACUGUAUCAUGCAGUUCACUGUAUCAUGACUUGGGCAGUCAGUCUCUCUUAGCCUGGGCCUACCUCACAGGGUUGUUUGUGAGCAAAAAAUGUGAAGGACUCAUGGUGUCACAAACAAGGCUAUUAAGUCUAACAAAUAAAUAAUAAUUAGCAAGAGAAAAUGUACCUGAGAGUGUCUUUUUUUUUGAACCUCUAGCUUGAGGCAUCACUAGGGGUGGCUCCACCCAGUGCAGUAACUCAUGAUGCCACCCCACUAAUGAUAUCCUCCAAUGCCACAACAUACAGAAUAUUUAAUAAUGUUUUUUUUCUUUUGUACUAAUGUUAUUCAUAAAUUGUAAUUCCCAUGUAUCACUGAAUCUAAUGUGAAGAUUUGUGAUAUAAACAACUAGCAAAAUUAUAAUUAUACCUUUAAAUUACAGUAUCAUAGAUGCAGCUUAAA